GCUUGACGUCACUACAAAUGUUUUGUUUAAUUUAGCGGGUUUUUUAUUGUCUAAACACCGCCCCGCCAUGAAAAUCCUGUGCGAGGUCCAAGUGGUGAACCGAACUACACAGGCUAACCGGACACCGCGACCCGUAAAAUCCACUCUCGCCAUUGGCUACAAGCAGAGUGCCAGAGACUCAAAUGGGAACACCAAGAAAGAGCUGGAAAUGGUACUCUUCAGUGGACAAAAUAAGACUGGCAGUCGCUACAAGGUCAAGGAUAAUAUACAUGCAGUGCACACAAAGUUUGUACUAGACGGCAAAACCACCAUAGGUUUCCUACAGCCGCCGGAAAAUCUACUAAUCAAGUGCGACCCCAUUCAACUGAAGGGCUUCCUGCAGACCCUCAAACUGGGCAUGGAUGGUAAAGAUGCCAUCAAUCUGAGACUGAACAUUGCUGCCGCAACGGCUAUUCCACAGAAAGCGCAGCCCCAGGUGCGCAUGGUAAUAAGCAAGCGAAGCGAAUACCCCAUUAAGGGAUUCCCACGCACACUCAAGGCGCUGACCAUCAACAACAGCCAGCUUGUAAAGCUGAGCUUUGAGAUCUGCUCGCUCCGAAAUCUUACAAAGCUAGAUGUCAGCGGCAAUAAACUAACUAAGAUUCCUAAGGAGUUGGGUCGCCUGUCGCUGAACUCCCUGCACUUGGGCAGUAAUUGCUUGGGCGAACUAAACGACUGGUGCUGGCUACGGGGUACUAAUUUAAGUAAAACACUUGGCGAGUUGGAUCUCUCGAGCAACGGCCUGACCCAUUUUCCUCCUCCUCUGGUCAAAUUUGAGCGAUUGGUCUCCCUUAAUCUCAACGAUAACCUACUUAGUCGACUGCCCUUCUCUAUACGCCGUCUGCAGGCUCUACGAAAACUGCACGUGUGCAGCAACAAACUAGAGUCUUUGCCUGCUGCCAUCGAAGAUCUGCACAUUGACCUGUUGGAUGUGUGGGGCAAUUGCUUUAAGGCCUUCAAUGCAGAGGCUGCGCAACAAUUCACUCAGCAAAAGGCAGUCGCUAACACACCGCAUCCACUUUGGCUCCAGGCAGCCCGAGCCGUAGACACUUAUAAGCUGCCUUUGCCAGCGGGCUCUAUUCCUUCUGUGCUCAUUGAACUGAUCUGUGAGGCACCAAAGUGCCUGUGUGGUGUACUAUGCUAUGCUCUGCGCAAGGAGGAUCUGCUCCAGCGUGUUAUACAGCCAAAAUUCACCAAUAUAAAAAACCUUACAUACAGUCGCGAGCAUCAGAUCUACGCGGAUGUGGUUCUCUGCGGACCCAAAUGCAGUGCAUCGGCGCAACUUAAGCCCUUCAUGAGCGUAAUGUUUCCCUGAUUGGAUCAGGUAGUUGUAUUUGGAGCAUAUUUUUUAGCUAUAAUAGAUAUUAUUUAUAUUAUUUGCAUAACCCCCAUCGUCGGAUUAUAAAAAGGCGGUGGGGUCUCAUUUAGAUUUAGAUAUUUAUAUAUUUUUGAAAAUAGUUUUUGUUUUCAUUCCCCCAUAUACUUUAUCUUGUUGAAACUAAACUGCCAAUAAAAGCGAAUUUACCAUCAAAAGAGAUAGGAAUUUAAGCUUAAAUAAGAAUAUUUCACGAAUAAUUCGUAAAAAUCUGAUUCGAUUUAUAAAUUUUGAUGUAUCAAAA